UAUCUGACCUCUUUGGUAUCUGUAAAAGUACAGUGUGUGAGGUUAAUGUUACAUGGCCUGCGCUUCUUACAGCAACCAACAAUGACGGCUCAACCAUUAGCAGACCUGCCUGAAAUAUUCAGUAGGAAACCCAUACCUGUUUCCAGGUAACCAAUGCAGGGUUUUUAACCAUGUCACCGUGUUUGUGCUCUUUCAUCUGCUUGUUCACAUCGAAAUCAAGGACUCAACCAGUGAGCUUUGCAUCGAAAGACAGUAGAUGAAACAUUGAGGAGAUGCUCAUUUUGAUUUUGAACUAAAACUGGAUGUCAUCUUGUAUGAUCUGUUAUAAUCGGAUGGAACAGGAAUAUUGAAAAAGAUCAAUUCGAAGGCCUGGAGAUUGUUAAUGGUGGAGGCUUUUUAUGAAGUUUUGGUCACAUUAAGGAGUUUUUGAAGGUGUCCAUCAUGAACCCCGUGUGGAAAGUUUAUAAGAGUAAAGUGAUGAAGACGCUCAACCCAGACAUGGAGGAAGACCCGGUGGAGGAGGUCAGUGAUGUAUCUGAAGAAAUGACAACUAUCCAGGAAGACGAUGGACCAAGUGCAGUGUCACAACUGGCCAAGCGAAUGCAGGGAGCAGGAGUAAAGGGCUGGAAAAGUGUUUCAGGGUUCUUCCAUAAAGAUGAUGAGCACCAGCUACUGGAGGCUGAGAACCAACCGGCUGCAGAUCAUCCGCUGGCAAUGAAACCAGAGGAGCCUCCGCGACCCAACAAGCGCCUCACAGGAUUCUGGGAUAAUUUUGCGACCAAAUGGCACCAGGCAGCACCGAUGAGGGAAACGGAGGCAGCGGCGGCCUCGGAGACAGGAGGUGACGGCAGUCAGGAGCUGGAGAAUGAGGCCGGCGGGAGAAGAGAGGAUGGGGAUUAUCAGGCCGGGCAGGAAAGUGAUGCAGGUGAGGGUGGCACCAGCAUAGGCAACAGCUUCUCCAAAUAUGCAACACUGGGAGAAAAUGAGGACACGCCCACCUUCAAGUGGAACUUUGUCACCAACAAACUGGCUGAGCUGAAGACUAAAAGCAUGGCUAAGAGCAACUAGUCGAUGACCAAACACUAGAAAAGGGUUCAAACCACACAGGCCACAGUGCUUUAUAUGAGCCUUAAGAUGUAUAUGAUGAUCAUAUUUUACACAACUAGUUAAAAAAUAUUCAUUUUGAUUGGUCAGAUUGUGAUCUGUCUUGGCCAGGAUUGGUUAGCCUUAAUUUCUUGAUGGUGAAGUGUGUUAUUUUAUCAAUGUUGAAAUGCUUUCUUCAAUCCCAGAUAUGCAGAAAUAUGAUGUAUAUAACCAAAAACUGUCAAAUCCUAAAAAAUUAUGGUUCUGAAAGGGUUCUUCGCAGCAAUGCAAUAAAGAAACCAUUUUUGGUUCACCAAAGAAUAUUUUAAUUUCACCCUUUACAGCGUGAAGAACCUUUAUCCACUAUAAAUAACAUUCUUUUGUUUAACAGCCAAAAAUGGUUCUUCUGUGGCAUUAUUUAGCACCUUUAUACUCUGGGACUGUCAAAAUAUUGCUUUUUACACUAGUAGCCCAACAAAGCAACAUCAGUUUAACUGAGUUCUGGGAGGGACUAUCUGUUUGUCCAACCAAUGGAAGACGGGUGGAGUCUUUUAUUGUUUGGACACCUGUCAUUGAAACUGCAAAAAAAAAAAAAAAAACACCAGACGCUUCAUCUUUAAAAGAGAUAAACACAUCAGGGAAUUAUGAGACUAAAGUAUUGAUGAUAUGUAGAUGACUAUGAAAUAAGAAUGUAGUCAAAUAGCAUUCAUCAAAAGUUGUGUGCAAAUUAGACGAUAGCUAAUUCAAAUUAACAACCAUCUUACAAUAAUAUAUUUUCACAACAGAAACUCCACAUUUUUUCCUUUUUCUCAACUGGCCUUACAAUGAAUUGAAGGUUAAGCUCAACAAUACCACAUACAGUAGCAACAUCAUCUAGCAGAACAUCCUAGCAACUAGCUUAAAGAGGCUAGAAAUACCCUAUCAACCUGUCAGAACACCAUAACCGCCCCAGCAAUACUCUAGAUAACAGUCAGAACACUUAGUAACUCCCUAUCAAUGCUCUAGAAAAUCACCAGAACACCAUAGCAACCAGUCAGAACACCCUAGUAACCACUUAGCAAUGCUCUAGAAAAUCACCAGAACACCAUAGCAACCAGUCAGAACACCCUAGUAACCACCUAGCAAUGCUCUAGACAAUUACCAGAACACUAUAGCAAUCAGUCAGAACACCCUAGUAACCACCUAGCAAUGCUCAAGAAAACCACCAGAUCA